AUGUGGGAGUAUUACUCUGGGAAGGUUUUGUUCGUCACAGGCGCCUCGGGCUUUCUGGGAACGGCCCUGGCGUACCGCAUAAUCUCACAAGCGCCUGUGGCUCAUCUCUACUUGCUCUGCAGGGGUGGUCUGCCGCGUCUGGAGGAAGUAUGGCGUCAAUACCUACCCCCCAAGUAUAUCGAGUGCCUCUAUGAUACCGACCUUGUCACCGUUAUCACAGGCGAUAUCCUCGAACCCAACCUUGGUAUCGACGUAGAACAUCUGCAGGCAUUACAAGAACGCGUCAAUAUCGUUGUCCAUGCGGCGUCCUCAAUCAAGCUCAUGUGCUCGCUGGAGAAGCUAGCGAAGCCAGUCAUCCACGGGAGCGAGAAUGUCGCCCAGUUUGCCUUCCAGUGCCAACGACUCGAUCGCUUCGUGUAUGUUUCAACGGCAUAUGUCAACGCCUUCCUGUACCAGGAAUCGGAUGACACCGACCCCUACGUGGAGGAGACCAUCUACCCACUCGGUCGCGGACGGGUAUCCGAUGUCCGGGACGAAUGGAAGCAAGUCCAACGAGAAGGCGACUCGCUGGAAUACAACGCGCACAAUUUCCCAUGGCCCGCCGCCGGCCGAGCAGACCAGCUUCUCAUUCUCCGGCCCUCGGUGAUCGCGCCCGCCCAGACCUUCCCCUACCAGGGGUUCAGCGUACUGAAAUCCACGCCAACGACCAUAUUAGCGGCGUGUUUCAUUCUGACUCCCACCUUAGUCGCGCGUUUGACAAGCCGCGCAAACGACCCGGAAACAGAGUCAACGAUCGACGAGGUUCCCGUCGAUGUCGUCGUGGAUCGGCUGCUGGUUCACCUCGCGAAGGGAACAACCGGACCUGUUCAUGCUGUGGGUGGCGUAAAAGCGCGCUACACAUUCCAAGCUUUCUGGGCGCAAGCCAUGGCACUGCGGAAGUUUCCUUGGCCGCUUCGGAGGCAGUGGCUGGAUGUGGAUUGGCGGUCGAGCGUGUUGCACCCGAUCGCUCGGGUGUAUGUCAUCUAUGCGGCUUCGUAUAGAUUCUCCCAAGCGAAGACGGUUGAACUGUGGAAGAGCUUGAGUGAGAAGGAGAGGUCGGAACUGCAAAUUUUCACCUCAGCGUCCGGGAACAAAGUGGACCUCGCCGCCAGGGCAGAACAGAUCCGGUUCGUUGCGGAGCAGUUCGCUGCUAAGGGGCUUCUUAGUUGGAUCUUGUUUUGGUUGUUUUAUACCUCGGGAUUCUUCUAG